GGAAAAGCUUCGUAGACCGCUGUACUGUGAUGCGGACACAGCAGAGUUUCCCUGCGGCCGCUGCGACCUGACUCCACCCGACAGGCUAGAGUGUCAACAUCAUGCCAGGAGAUGAGGAAAAAGGAGAGAGAAAGCAUAACUGAUUGCUGUCUAGAGAUCCACUACACCUAUUCCUAGGAUUUCAUGGAACCCAUUUUGCAGCUCUCAAGUUUUUGUAGAAUGCUGUAAACAGUUGUCACAGUUUUUCAAGAAACAGAGUUACAACUUCCUCCUCCCAAUAGAACUUUUAUAGUUCAUUCAAUGCCUGACAUUGCAGAAGCAGAAAGGGCACAUGAUUCUGGAAAUGGUGAGCACAAAUCUGAGAGAAAGUCUCCUGAUGAGAAACUACAAGAUGCUGUACAGUCUUUCUGCACACGUGCCUCAGGGGCACCCUUGGGUCCCAAAGGAGAUGGUCAUUAUCCAUGGAGCUGUCCAGUGACCCAUACUCAGGAGAAAAUUUAUGCCAUCUGUUCAGACUAUGCCUUUCUCAACCAGGCAACCUCAGUCUAUAAAACUCCAAAUCCAUCCCACUCUUCUUGCCUCCCUAAUAGUACCUCUCUAUCUGCUGGAAAUAAUUCAUCAAGAUACAUUAGUGUCCCUACUAGUACAUCAGAGAUCAUCUACAAUGAGGAAAAUAGCUUGGAAAACUUAUCCAAUAGUCUGGGCAAGCUACCUCUUGCAUGGGAAAUUGAUAAAUCUGAAUUUGAUGGGGCCACCACAAAUCUGAAACACAAAUCAGGCAAUGUAAAGAAACAAAUUUCCAAGAAAAAAACUUCAGAUAAAAAAGGAAGACAUCAAAGGGAGUGGCCUCAGUAUUCUCCUCUUGAAGAUAUUAAGCAGCGGAAAGUAUUAGACCUCAGACGAUGGUACUGCAUAAGCCGACCACAAUAUAAGACUUCUUGUGGAAUCACCUCAUUAAUUUCUUGUUGGAAUUUCUUAUAUAGCACAAUGGGAUCUGGAAAUCUUCCACCUAUUACCCAGGAAGAAGCAUUACAUAUUUUGGGCUUUCAACCACCAUUUGAAGAUAUUAGAUUUGGCCCUUUCACUGGAAAUACAACACUUAUGAGAUGGUUUAGACAAAUAAAUGACCACUUCCAUGUGAAAGGAUGCUCGUAUGUCCUAUAUAAACCUCAUGGGAAGAAUAAAACAGCUGGAGAAACUGCAUCAGGGGCCUUGUUGAAGUUAACACAUGGUUUAAAAGAUGAAUCACUGGCUUAUAUCUAUCAUUGCCAAAAUCAUUACUUUUGUCCAAUUGGCUUUGAAGCCACCCCUAUUAAAGCUAAUAAAGCAUUCAGCAGGGGUCCCCUCUCACCACAAGAAGUAGAAUAUUGGAUUUUAAUUGGAGAAUCAAGUAGAAAACAUCCUGCUAUUCACUGUAAAAAAUGGGCAGAUAUUGUAACUGAUCUAAAUACUCAAAAUCCAGAAUUUCUAGAUAUUCGUCACUUGGAGAGGGGGCUGCAGUAUCGAAAAACUAAGAAGGUUGGGGGAAAUUUGCAUUGUAUUAUAGCGUUCCAGAGACUUAGUUGGCAAAGGUUUGGCCUUUGGAACUUUCCAUUUGGAACCAUUAGACAAGAGUCACAACCUCCAACAACACAUGGCCAGGGAAUUGCCAAAUCUGAGAGUGAGGACAAUAUCUCCAAGAAGCAUCAUGGGCGAUUGGGCCGGUCUUUCAGUGCUGGUUUCCAUCAGGACUCAGCAUGGAAAAAGAUGUCCAGUAUCCACGAGAGAAGGAACAGUGGCUACCAGGGUUACAGUGAUUAUGGUGGGAAUGACUGACUGUGCUGGGUACUGAAAAACUUGUGUCAUGCACUGCUCUAUACAAGACUGCAUUGAGACAGAAGAUUUGAUUAAGUCUACAUUAAACAGGAACAGAUUUUGUGGUAUAAAACAUAGCCCUGUAGUUCUCCAGUACUUAAGACUGUAUAUUAUUAUGAUGGGUGAUUUCAGAUAUAUAAGCAGAUAAGCACAGGUUUUUGUUUUAAAUUAGAGUAUAUAAACAUUCUGGACAAUUUAACAAACUCCAAUAAACAAAUGCAAAUUUACUUAAUAACAUCAUGAUUUGAAAUGGUUAAGCAUGACAUGAUUUCGUAUGACUUGAUCCCAAGGCAUUUGUUGCAGAUAGUUUUAUUCCUAAGCUCAUGAUGUAAGGCACCACCUGGCCUUAAAAAUUGGGCUGUUGAUUUCUAGUUUUCUGUCAUGGUGUAAGCUCAUUUAAAAUUUUUCAGUGAGUCUAGUAGUUAUUUUACUUGUUGCAGUAUCUUGCUUGCCUCAUUUGUUUACUGGUUAACUUUCUCAGGAUUCUCAAUAGAGGUGAAAGAAAAAGACUUAAGAAACUAAUCCUUUCUAUUGGUGCAAAUGGGUGACCUAGUGUACUGUUUUAGGAUAUUCUUGACUUUCUUGACUUGGUAUGUUACUAUCAAAUAUUGACAAGAAUUUUAGGUCUUGAAAGACUUCUGUAAGUCUACAAUGAAUGCUGUUUUAGGGAUAGAGUAAAAGAUUAAGUGGAUAUAGUUCCUGUAUCCAAGGCAAUCUAUGAAAUGAGAUCUGAUACUUUAUUGGUCCCUCAAUGUGGAAUCAUAUAUUCAUAACAGCAUUAAAUAUGUAUUUGGAAUGCCUUGCCACUCAGAGGGCAACUAUCAUAUUCCAAACUCCUGAAGUAUUUCCCUUUAAAAUACAUAUAGACAAUUAGUUGUUUGAAGGUGGUGUGUUAAAUAAUUCAGAAGUGUGGAUAUCAUAUAUUUGAGCUCCUCUGUACUUGACAGUCCUAUGCUGUCAACUUAUGACUCACAAAUGACUAGGAUCUCUUGAUCAUAUCAGGUUAGACGUAUCUCAAAUGUUCCAGAACUCAAAUCAGUGACUUGAUUAUUACAAGGUGCUGAAUAUGUUGGUACCAUAUUGCAAUACAUCUCAAGAAGGUUCAGAUUUUUAAGAAUAUUUUAAUUUUCUUCUUUUGAAUUUUAUAUCCAUUUAACCACUCAGACAUGCCUAUGCCUACAAAAGGGACUAUAUAUUAUGGAAUGAUCAUUUUUCUGAAGGGACUAUUUUGCUUGAAAUGCAAAGGACUAAAAGAGAUUUGUAGGUUGUUGAUUUUGUUACUUCAUACUGGAACUUUUAAGAAGUUUUCAUCAAAUAAAAUUUUCUUUUUUACUUUUAA